CGGCAGACGAAAUGCAACUCGAAGAAUUAAUCAAACACGAUAAUGGGAACAUGGACUAUGUCGAACUUAUUCUGUUCCAUCGAAUAUUCGGCUUUUACAUAUUAAUGUUAACAUUGUUCAGAGGGACGAUCCGGCAAUUCUCUUCAAGACGAUAUGGACACUCAUAA